AUGGACGGUGAAGAGAGAACCUACGGUGGCUGCGAAGGGCCAGAUGCCAUGUAUGUGAAAUUGAUCUCUUCAGAUGGCCAUGAAUUCAUUGUGAAAAGAGAACCCGCCUUGACAUCUGGGACUAUCAAAGCCAUGUUAAGCGGACCAGGUCAGUUUGCUGAGAAUGAAACCAAUGAGGUGAACUUCAGGGAGAUCCCGUCUCACGUCCUGUCCAAGGUCUGCAUGUACUUCACCUACAAGGUCCGCUACACCAACAGCUCCACAGAAAUCCCUGAAUUCCCCAUCGCUCCGGAGAUCGCACUGGAACUGCUCAUGGCUGCCAACUUUUUGGAUUGCUAAAGUUACAAGAAAAAUGUAGCCGCUUGAAACAGUUUUAG